AUGUUAACCAACAUACUCGCCGUCGCCAUCUUGGCAACCAGUGCACUUGCACAUGGUGACCAUGAACAUCAAGUUCCAAUUGCCGGCCCCCAUAAAGCCCUUUGGUACAAUACUCUUCCCGGUGAUGGCGGAACCCAGGUAGGCCAACUUAGUCUAUAUAUCCACAAAGGGCGUAUAUUGACUGUAGAAAGGCCGAUUCGGUCUUCUCUGGUAUCUCGACUUUCGGUCGCCUGCCAUAUUUUCCGUGUCUGGCUUCGGAUGAAGCAAAAUAUGAUAUUGCCUUCAUCGGUGCUCCCUUUGACACCGGAACGUCCUACCGGCCGGGCGCGCGCUUCGGACCCUCAGGAAUUCGUCAAGGUUCUCGUCGUCUCAAUUUAUAGCUCACGCAGAGUCGGAUUUAGCGGAGGCUAUAAUGUCCCAUUAGCCACCAACCCCUUCAACUCAUGGGCAACAGUCUUGGACUGUGGAGAUAUCCCGGUCACAUCAUACGACAACACUUGGGCGCUCCACCAGAUCGAAGAAGGACACAAUGCUAUCCUGAGCCGCGCCCCUGCUACGGACGCAAAUAAGAAAGGCCCAGCAAAAAACGGGAAAACACUUCCUCGAGUCAUCACACUUGGUGGUGACCAUACCAUUACCCUACCACUCCUACGUUCCAUCAACCGCGCUUACGGUCCGAUCUCUGUGAUCCACUUCGAUUCACAUCUUGAUACAUGGAAGCCAAAGGUCUUUGGUGGCGCACCAAGCAAGGUUGCUAGCAUCAAUCAUGGCACGUACUUUUACCAUGCUGCGCAAGAAGGCUUGCUCGCGAAUGACAGCAACAUCCACGCUGGGAUUAGAACCACUCUGAGCGGCCUGAGUGAUUAUGAAAAUGAUGGGUACUGUGGAUUUGAAAUUGUGGAAGCAAGAGAGAUUGACACGAUUGGAAUGGAUGGCAUAAUUAAGAAGAUCCAUGAGCGCGUUGGCACUACCAAGCCAGUCUAUCUCAGUAUUGAUAUCGAUACGCUCGACCCAGCAUUCGCGCCUGCGACUGGUACACCAGAGACUGGAGGAUGGUCGACGCGUGAGCUUCGUACCAUCCUUCGAGGCUUAGAAGGGAUCAACUUGAUCGCAGCAGACAUUGUCGAAGUCGCGCCGGCAUACGAUACCAAUGCCGAACACACAACUAUGGCUGCGGCAGAUGCUCUGUAUGAGGUCAUGAGCUUGAUGGUCAAAAAGGGCCCGUUGAGUGAGAUGGUGAAGAGCGAGGAGGUGGAGUCUAUUGAGAAGACUGAGAUGUAG